AUGCUCGCCGCUGGGCGCGUAGCGCGCAACUCGCGGCCAGCGCUAUGCGCCAAGCUAUGCGCAUUCCGCUGGGCGCAUUGCGCCUCUCUCGCGGCCAGCAAUGCGCUCAGCGGAUCGCUCACCGCUGGGCGCAUUGCGCCUCUCUCGCGGCCAGCAAUGCGCUCAGCGGAUCGCUCACCGCUGGGCGCAUUGCGCCUCUCUCGCGGCCAGCAAUGCGCUCAGCGGAUCGCUCACCGCUGGGCGCAUUGCGCCUCUCUCGCGGCCAGCAAUGCGCUCAGCGGAUCGCUCACCGCUGGGCGCAUUGCGCCUCUCUCGCGGCCAGCAAUGCGCUCAGCGGAUCGCUCACCGCUGGGCGCAUUGCGCCUCUCUCGCGGCCAGCAAUGCGCUCAGCGGAUCGCUCACCGCUGGGCGCAUUGCGCCUCUCUCGCGGCCAGCAAUGCGCUCAGCGGAUCGCUCACCGCUGGGCGCAUUGCGCCUCUCUCGCGGCCAGCAAUGCGCUCAGCGGAUCGCUCACCGCUGGGCGCAUUGCGCCUCUCUCGCGGCCAGCAAUGCGCUCAGCGGAUCGCUCACCGCUGGGCGCAUUGCGCCUCUCUCGCGGCCAGCAAUGCGCUCAGCGGAUCGCUCACCGCUGGGCGCAUUGCGCCUCUCUCGCGGCCAGCAAUGCGCUCAGCGGAUCGCUCACCGCUGGGCGCAUUGCGCCUCUCUCGCGGCCAGCAAUGCGCUCAGCGGAUCGCUCACCGCUGGGCGCAUUGCGCCUCUCUCGCGGCCAGCAAUGCGCUCAGCGGAUCGCUCACCGCUGGGCGCAUUGCGCCUCUCUCGCGGCCAGCAAUGCGCUCAGCGGAUCGCUCACCGCUGGGCGCAUUGCGCCUCUCUCGCGGCCAGCAAUGCGCUCAGCGGAUCGCUCACCGCUGGGCGCAUUGCGCCUCUCUCGCGGCCAGCAAUGCGCUCAGCGGAUCGCUCACCGCUGGGCGCAUUGCGCCUCUCCCUCCAGCGCUAUUCGCCCUGCGGAAUCAGCGCUGCUUGGCGCAUAGCUGUUCUCUCGCGGCCAGCACUAUGCGCUCAGCGGUGAGCAAUCCGCUGGGCGCAUUGCGCCUCUCUCGCGGCCAGCGCUAUGCGCUCAGCGGCUUCUUCGCCUCACAGCCAUUCCGCUUUGAGCCAUACGACCUACUCACCAACAUCGUCAAGGUGCGCCCACUCCCUCACUUCACUUUGCUUGAACUGCCCUGCCCUUGA